AUGCAGACAGAAAUAAAGUGUCCUGUUUGUAAAAAUGACUCAUUUCUGAAUCCAGGAAUCAAGAUAUACAUCAGUCCAUGCUUCCACAAACUGUGUGAGCAGUGUCUGUACAAGACAUUUGGCAUUGGCUACGCCCCGUGUCCAGAAUGUGGCACACAGCUCAGGCGAAUCAACUUCAUUUCCAGCACCUACGAAGACAUUCAGGUGGAAAGAGAGAUCAAAAUAAGGCAGCAACUUCAUAAGACGUACAAGUUUGAAAGGAAUCCAACUGAUUUAGAGAAAUAUGACGACUGGUUGGAGGAGUUUGAGAACCUGGUUUUUGAACUAGUUGAAUUGAAGAAUGAGAAGUUGAUAAAAGAGCGUAUUAAGGAGACUAUUGCAGACCAAUACCACGUUCUGAAUCAGUAUAGAACCAAGACAAUAGUAACAGAGGCCAGGAAGGAUGAACCAGUUAAGAAAAUCAAAAUAUCAGAAAGCAUCUUUGGUAUUAAAGAUGUGGAAAAGAGGAGAAACAUUUUGGCAAAAGAGUAUUCGGUGCCAGAGAGGCUGUUUAAAGUAGCAAAAGACAGUGAAUUCACCAAUGAGUUCCUGAUUGACUACAUUCUGAAUGCAAGUAGAGAAUUCAGGUGA